AGUAUUAUAAACUUAUUUUAGUUUUAGUCCUCACUCCUAGUAGUAGUGUAUUUCCAGGCUAGCAAUGUUUUAUAAUUUGGAUCUGUUUAUUUCUCUAUUGACACUAAAAGUCACACAAUCACAAGGGUAUUGUUACUGCAACUGUUUGAAAACAAAAUCCUUAAUCUUAAUCACGUGCAAAUUCAUAUCGCCCCACACUUCGCUAACCUAGAUUAAAACCCUUAUUUCCCCUUGACCUAAAAUAGAAUCGUCGGACCUUCUUUCCAACCAAUCAGAUUUCGUAUAACGGGCUCAGCCUCCAAAAUGUUGGUCACAUGAUCGGCCGAUCGGCUGAUUGAAUAUGGCACAGAGAUAAAAGUAGCAGAGGAUUCUAGGUCUAGAUAAACUAUGAAAAGGAUUGUUUGGUUAUGCAAUUGAGAUAAUUUAAGUCAGACAUGAAUAGAUUCAUCAAUGGAUAAUGAUCAUCAAGACUUACGGAUUAUUUAAAUGAAAAAGGUAAGUUGCUUAGUUAGAGUUCUGGAAUUUCACAUUCAUACUAUACUCAACAACAAAGUACAAAGUAAAGUGAACCGACACAACAGCUGAAACAAAAAAUUCAUUUCUGUAUUAUGUCAGAAAGAAGCAACCUCGGAAGUGAACUUUGGACAGAAUCUAUAUUUUUUAACAAUAAAUGGCCUACCAGGUGAAAGCUGUGUUUUUAUGGAAAUGAAUGGAUUUCUCAUUACCGUUAUUUUCUAAAUAUUUUACACGCGAAUAGUGACACUAGACUUAGGUCUGGGGCUAAUUAAUUAAUAAUUUAGACUUAUAAAAAUGGACAUGCAGUGUAGGCGUAGAGAUAGUAAUGAUAUUCAUAUAACUUUACUUUUUAUAAUACCGGCCUACACUUACACUUUCACUACGCAAUUAAUUAAAUGUGCCAACUACAAGUUCAACAAGUCAACUGCAUAAUAAUAAUAUAAUUAUUAUCAAAUAAAUACUUUGACUAUAGUAUACUGUAGUCGUUGUGUCGUAGUCUUUAUUAUUAUUUUUUUUAAAAUCACAACACAAGCCUCAGACUCGGACUUAACUUGCUAUUAAUCCGGGAGUUAGGUCCAUUACUAAUACAUAUUUAUACUAAUGAUAUGGAACGUAACUGACUUAGACUAACUAGAUCCAAUAGUGGCUCUACUUAGAAUUAGAAGUGAUAUAAAUUAUAAACUAGUGCUAAAACCAAACUCUACUACUAACUAGUAUUACUAAUAUUAAUUAUUAAUAUACUUUAUAUACUUAAUAUACUAUUAGGAGGCCUAGGGCUAGGCUAGUUGAUGCUCAUCAUUCAUUUUGACUUUACUUUGUUACUACUCACUCCCUCAGUAAAACACUAGUACUAAAGUCCUAGUCUUACUCUAACUCAGUAAUAAUAAUAAUAUCUAUAACAGUAACUGUAAUAAAUAGUAGUAGUAAUAGUAUUUAGUAAUAGUUUAAAAUAUCACUACCCCUAAUGGGCCAAUCCAUGAAUGAUGUCCCACAAAUUUUGCUGAUUUUUUUAGGCCCCCCCCCCCCAUUCGUCUCAAAAAAUUACCCCCCCCCCUCAAAUAUNCACAUGCCACGGAAAUCAAAUUACUGCACCUGUGUCAGAAGCAUUUCACUAGAACAGUGGUUCUUAACCAGUGAUAAAAGUACCUCCUCUACUCUGAGGUGUGGAAGACCAGAAAACUGUAUUUGCUCUCAAUACUAGUUUUUGCUGUUUAAAAAAAAAAAAAUCAGUUUUCAUUCAUUUUGAUUUUGAUUAGCAGCAGUAAAUGGUUUUUUUUUUUUUGGUGACUCUUGUUUGCACAUUACUUGUACUGGUAAUUUUGUUCUUUGUUUAUAAAAAGUUAAAGAAAUAAGACUAUUAUAACUAAAUUAUUUAAUUAUUUUUAUAUUUUUAAUUUUAUUACAAUAUAAUUUAUACGGUUGUGGGGGGAUGUUUAAAACGGAGUGAGUCUGCAGCGCUGCAAAAAGAUCAACCCCCUCCCCCCUCAACCAUUUUUUUGAUUCCAUCCCACUUCACGUGGUAGUCCUAAUGCUAUGACUCCCGUCUCCACAUUUAGACAUAAAUUCUCCAGAUUAUCAUUGUAACUACACCUGAUUCUCCUCCUCCUGUAACUGAUUCAAUCCAAGGCCAUUUCUCAGAUCUCCCAUACCUGUACUGAUUCAGUGAUCCUCGUUUAAACAUAAAAUAAUUAUAAUUGUAUAAAAGAAAAAUGAUAAAAUGUCUGUAAUUUAGGUUUCUUAAGUGCAAUUCUUCACUACAAUAUACUGAUUUACAUGUAACGUCACAUUUCCUAAGCACUCCCCCUUAUUACACAUCAUUACAAAAAUGUGACACCCCCCCCCCCUCGACAUGUGACGUCAUUUAUGGAUGGUCCCUAAGCAUAAGCCUAACUACACUACUGUAGUUGUAGACCUAAUACUGUAACUGUAAUUGUAUUAGAAUAGAUCUCAAUUUGCUUAGGCCUCAUUUUUAUUAUUAUCCUAAUUACUUGGAUUUAUUAAGUUUAAAUUAAAGUAGGCUAUAGCGAAUAUGAGUAUAGGCUUAUCUAGGGUACUAAUCCUAUUAGUGUAUAUAAUAUUUGCCUAUAUUUAAAAUAUUCAAGUACUCCUGGGAAAUAAGAAGCCUACUUAGUUAUGAGAAUUGUCAGAUAAUAGUUUUUCUUCUGCAGGAAAGUAAUAAUGUAAUUCAAUUUAUAAAACAGUAUAUGUUAGAAACUAGGUCAUGGUAAUGUCAUGGACCAUGGAGGAAUAAUUCAUUUAUUUCAAUUUGAUCAUUCAAAUACUGAGACCUAUGAAAUUAUCCGAUCAUUAUUAUUGAUUGACUGAACUGACCUCUGUAUUCAUCAAUCUUGAUCACCUACUAUUCAGUUUAUCCCUUAGUUUAGUCUUUGUAGUCUUUGUAAGUUCCUCCAUUUGAACAUGUUUUUUUGUUGUUUUUUUUUAAACCAGGUUUAGACUCUGAGAACAUCAUUACUGUAAAUCAUGAGUCUGGGACUGGUUGGUCGUUUUUUUCAAAAUCUGAAAGGAUUCUACAAUGGAAUCAAUCCAGCAACUCUAACAGGAGCAAUUGAUGUUGUUAUAGUGAAACAACCAGAUGGCACAUAUCAUUCCUCACCCUUUCAUGUUCGCUUUGGAAAGCUUGGUGUGCUCAGGUCUAGAGAGAAAGUGGUGAGUUGAUUUGUCAAUUCCACAUAUGCCUAACUUUGGCCUUGUUUAUGUUGACUUUGAAGAAAAAAAGUGUGUUCCAACAGUGUAUUAAUCAUGUGUUAGGAGGAUUUAGUGUCAUACUGAAUCAAUCAUUGUAAUUGUAAUUAUAAAUAUACUAUGGGCACCCAUUCAAAUAUUAUUCAAAUUUAUUUUAAAAACCAAACUGAAUAGAUUACUGUUUCUAUUAUUAACAACUGUAUGAUUUUCAAUAAUACCAGAAAAACAGAAUAUAUAUGAAGUCAGAGUUUUAUUCUCACUGAUAAUUUCUCAUUACUGACAGGUGGAUAUUGAAGUAAAUGGGGAGGCAACAGAUUUACAGAUGAAGCUUGGUGAGGCCGGCGAAGCCUUCUUUGUUCAGGAGAUUGAAUCUGAGGAAGAAGUUAGUAUUUCAUGGGAGAAAAAACUGCUUAUUUUGUUGCUUUUUUUCUUUCUGCGCUGUAAUAGUUUAAUCUUAUCUGUUUGCUUGCUACUGCGUUGGAAAGACCCAAGCUAUGGUCUACAUUUUACAUGAAUCAGAUGGAGAAUCUUAACGUUAAACAUUCAAAUAUUUUAUUCAUAUCUCUGUACCUAAAGAAAAAACAUUUAUACAUAUGUAUCAAAUAUCUAAUGUUAAAGAUUAACAGAACAUUGAAAUUAUUUAUUCAGUUAUUUCUCUAAUCAUGAAAAUUUUACUUUUCAUUCAAAAUACACUUUAAUCAUUGAGCUAACUUGUUUGAAAUCUUGCUUUUGAUCUAGCUUCUUACUGACAAUGCUCUUAGAUUUUAAGUCUUUUUUUUUUUUUUCAAUUUUUUUUUUUUUUUAAAAUUUUAUUUUUAAUAAUCCUUUUUUAAAAGAUAUGGUUAAUUAUUUAGGUAAGUCCUUCUCAUUUUCUUUUGUUUAUUUCCUUUUCUUUUUUUUUAAUUUAGCUUUUUAAUGACAAUGUUUUUAGUUUUUAAGUUUUUUUUUUUUUUUUCAAUUUUUUUUUUAUUUUAAAAGUUUAUUUGCAAUAAUCCCUUUUAGAAAGAUAUGGUUAAUUACUUAGGCAAGUCCUGCUCAUUAUCAUUUGUUUAUUUCCUUUUCUGUUACCCUGCCUCAGGAUAUUCCAGAGUAUUUAGCUACAUCCCCGCUUCCAUCUUCUAUGCAAUUAAUGGAAAUGGGCAUCCAGGACCUACACAAGCAGAUAAAGGCAUCAGAAAAUGCCAGCACUGCUGCAGAGCUCAAGAAAGAAGAGCCCCCGGGCUCUGCAGAUGUUCAGCUCAAGAUCAGGGACCCUCGCAGUGACAGCUCAUGGGAUGAGCCGAAAAUAAGUGGCAAGCCCAGGAGGAAAGUGCUGAAAAAAAAGAAGCAGAAAUCCACUGGGACCAGACAGAGCCCUAGAUCAAUGUCCAUGCCAGAGAAUGUUACCAAUGAAGAGGUCAUGUUCGAGCUCGAGUUCACCAACUCGUCAGAUGAUGAUGAUGCCUUGAAGCGAGUCUAUGGCAGCAGAAGUUCCAGUUCUCCGGAAAUAAAAGACAUGGACAUGUCGGUUCAAGGCACUACCAGCUACAGAAGAAUCAACUCUUUUGGUGGCGGCUCAUUUGUUACACCCUUCAGUGAUCCAGAGAUGUCACCUGUGGGGAGGCAAGUUCAGCCAUUAAAUAUUUAAUUUUUGUUAAGACUGUGAAAAUAAUUUUGUCCUGGUUAUUGUUAUACCUCUGCCCUUUAAUCUGGUUAAAGUUAAUCUGUUUUUUGGGGGGUUUUCUUUUAGUCCCAUCUGUACCCGGCCCUCCACUCCAAAGAGUGACACUGAGGUGGAUAAGCAGCACACGGAGCAAAACCAAACCUCUGCGUUGAUGGAGACCAGCGCCACCUGGCAGUGGGGAGAGUUCCCGACCAAUGUGGAGACAACUCCCCGCUCUGAGAAGGCGAUCCAUGAGGCCAAAGGUGAAGAAGGUGGGCUUAGUUUUUGUGUACAGGUUGAUUGUUGGCAAUCCUUGUAUAUAAAACAGCCGAUCAAAAAAAAUUAUUUAAAAUUCAUUAUUAUUGAAGCAAUUAAUGACUGUGCCUUCCUACAUUUUUAAUAAAAAAAUUUUAAAGUAGACUUCAGAAACAUUAAAACUUUUGUACUCUUAUCUGUGUUGUUCUGAUAAGAUUUAAGACAAUAUUGAAUCUCUUGGGGUUUUCAUUAUUCUUAAUUAUUUCUUUCCCAAAUGUCUGGAGUCAUUUUUUUGUGUGCCAUAAAUUGAGUAAAGUUUUUUUGUUUUUUUUUGUAUAAGCUAAAAAUAAAAAAAGUGAAACGGGUAGGGAGAACUCAAUCGCUUUAAAGUAUAUUGAUGCUUUGGCAUUGUUUCGUUGUUCAGUAUUACAUCACUGUCAUUUCAAGGCGUCACAUAACAGUCUCCAGGCUCUCACAAACUUGUCAAAUCUUUCUUUUCCAUUUGAAAAGUAAUUCUCUUUUGCUGUGACUAAAUGUGAGAAAUAUUGUGUGCAUGUUGAACCAAACUCUUGAUUUUUAUAAAGUCACUUGAAAUUUACAUCAUGUUUAUUUUUUUAUUUAUUUUUGCCAUCAGUGAAAGGAAGUGGGGGCUUCAUGUCCAUGUGGAGGCCAUCCACCAUCAAAAAGGCAGAAGGAAUAUACCUGGAUGAUCUAACAAGCAUGGACGAUCCAGAGAUGGCAAAGAUUUACCUUGGCAGGACGAGGUUCGUAAGCAAUCUCAUUAGCCUAGAGUUGUUUCUGGGGGCUUAGUUUAAUUUUCAGGGCUACUGAUAAUCUGACUUUUUGAUGUCUCUUGAUACUUGAUAUCUUAAAGUAAUUUUAUUUCCCACCUGCAUUUUCAGUAUUCGUGAAAAUGAGGAUGACACAGAAUCCGGAAGAGGCCAGUCACUACCCCAGUCCCCCAAUUCUGUAGAGGGUGCUAUCGGUGGCCCUGUCAGCUUUACUAUGUCUGAAGUGCGGCACCUGGGCCCCGUGGCUCUUUCGCUGUGUGGUGGUUUGAGUGAUAGUGAUACCAUAACUCUUGACAAGUUCAUGCAGAAGGUUGUGACCUUUGAAGAUCUGGCAGAGAACCCAAACAUCACUUUGAACCCUGAUCUUGUUGUCAAAAUUCAUGACAGGUAAGGAGAAAUUAUCAGAGUAAUAUAAUCUCAAGUAAGAAUGACUUUUUUUUUUGUUUUUUAGGAAAAAUCCGUCAUUUAUUUAUAGUUGAGGAAAUGUAUUGUGCAUAUUCAAAAGUAAUCUUAUAAAUCUAUGUCAUAUUGAAUAAAUAAGCAAUUCAAUACUUAAAUAUAUAAUUUAUAAUAUAUAAAAUUCAACAUUUUAAAGUAUCUCAAGGAGCAACUGUUAACCCACUUAUUUUAUUUCCUACCAGUUCUUUUGUAAUGUUACAUGACCCUUGACCCUUACAUAAUCCUCCUGUUAUGUUAGCUUUGUAUUUUUUUCCCCACCAGGUUUUACAACUGGGCAACAGCUGGCCCAAUGGUGCUAUCACAGAUUGUCUUCCACAAGCAGCUUCCAGACGUAAGUGCAUACCUAGUUUUCAGCUGUUCACUUGUUUGACUAUGUUGAAUUUUUUUUUAAUGAGGGCAAAUCCCAUAGUGAUUAACCUUAAUUUAUCAUUGAACUCAUUAAAUAAGCUCAAAAUGGGGUUAUUCAUGUGGCUACUAACAAAUUAAUAUCAUAUGAAAUUUUUUUAAAGUGGGCCUGCAUACCCAGAAUGAUGUAUUUAACUGCGCUGCUGUAGCUUUGUAAUCUUCAGUUGCAUACCUGGCAAAUAAUAUGAUCUAAGCUAGCAAGAGUGUUAAUUUUAUCUCAAAUUGUUUGUUUGGAUAACCUGCUGAUCAAAGAAUCACUGGCCACAUAAGUCAAGUGAUUAGAAUAGUGCAGCAAUAAUAUGAACGUUGUCUUCCUUUCAACACUGCCGCCAAAUAUUCCCACAAUUUUUUUCCUUAUUUCUCUAUGCAGCCCUCACAGGUAAGCCCACUGCCACCACAGAGAAGCUGACCAGCUAUGUUAGCUUUUGUUUUGCUGUCAGUUAAUAUAUUGAAAUUCUUUGAAAUUUCAAAAAAUCUUGCCCAUGGAUUCAAUUCCCUUACAGAUGUGGGAAAGAAAAGUUCCUGCUUUACAUUUCAAAAUUUUUCUUGACGAAACCCAUCCCAAUUCCUGAUGCCUGCAAGCUAAUCAUUUAUUGGUUUACCUGCCUCUGACAAAAUCUGCUAACUAUCCCAUUGUUUUCCACUUUACUCAAACCCUAAAUUUCCAUUUUAAUUUAUUUUUAAAUGAAAUUUAUUUUGUAUAGAGAGGGAACUAAAGUUUUUUUUAAUUUGUUGGGCAAUUUAUUAAAAUUUCCUGCUUAUUCAAUUAAUUCAAUUCUAAACAAUUUAAUUUUCUCAAACACAUCCUUUUUAUAUUUUUGUACUUAUAAUUUUUUAGAAACAGCAAACUUUGUGGUUAAGAGAUAAAGUCAGUUUAUAAGGAAAAUCCUGCUUUGAAUAGCAUAUUUCUUUCAUAUAAAAGACAUAAGACUGUCCACAAGUGCUCCUAAAACUAAUCCAUGGCCCUUGCCCUUGUAUCCUGAUACUUGCGAAAAUUGUAAAAUAUUUCCGUUUUUUGUCAUGUACCCUAUCCUGCCAUCUCUGUACUUCCAUCUGUCUCUGCAAUUUGCAUUCAAUGUGUUUAAACAAGCAAGCAAUCAAUAAAAAGGGGACACCUUCACUGAUGGUGUUUUCACUCUAGACCACAUUCAAGAACUAUGUAACAAGUUAACAAAAACUUUCCAUUCACCACCUCAAUAAUUGUUUGUUUUAGUGUCUACUGGUGAACUCUUCACUGAGAAUUUAAGCUUGGUGAAAAUACAUGGACCAUUAUGAAAAAGUGUUAUGCAUAUUUGUGAAAGAAAAAUUCCUUUCACUCACUUGUUGUGUUUUCUUUAAGCUGCUAUUUCCAUAAGACACUGAAUCUCAAACUAUUCCACUCUGCUUAUUUUGUCUUAUUAAUGUGACAUAAUCUUCUCAAUAUUGUCCUCUGUAGAAGAUAAGUCAUCUCACAUUGUAAAUUAAUAAAAACUAAUUGUAAUGAAGACAAAUAUUUCGUUCCCAUUUCCUUACAGAGUACUAAUGAAACCAACCUUAUCACUUUUGUAACUUAAUCAUUUUUAUAAUUUACGUUCCUAUCAUCCUCUCAGUGGAAGCAAUGUAUAAAAAAUCUCCACUAGCUGGACUAAAAAAAAAAAUUUCCCAUCCUUUUUUGUUGCAUGUAGAUGACAAUGCUUAAUCAUGAAUGGGUGUAUAAUGAUAUUUUUGCUUUUUACUUUGGUUUUCAACUGAACGGCUUUAAGAAAUUGUACAGGCUACAUAAUUUUUAAAAAUCUACUGGAUGCAUUUUAAACUGAACGGCUUUAAGAAACUUCACAGGUUGCAUAGUUAUAAAAAAUACCUGAUUCAUUUUAAACAAUUAUAAGAAAAUUUUAAGUAGCUUGCGGCACAUUUAAAAUGCUCCAUAUGGAAGUAAUAAUAAGAAUAUUAUGUAAUUGCCAAUGCCAAUUUGACCUGGAUGCUCAAUCUCAGCCUUCUUGCCCUCAGCCUGCUGUCAAGGGUCUAGAGAAGGAACACAUGCCAAAGAAGAAAAAGAAGAAGGGCUGGUUCUCCUGGGGCAGAUCUGCUGAUGUGGAUGUUGAAUCCGGUCUGAGCAUGACUGAAUCUGCUAACCUCAGCAGCACAAACACCACAGGAAUCGUGGAAAACCUGCCUCAGGUGAGUCUCCAAAUUGCUUUUCUUGCCCAUUAGUUUUUGUAGCUGAAUUAAAGUGUAUAUGCACAGAGCCCAUAUGCACAGAGCCCAUACCACCAAUAACCGUCUGUUUUUUUAAAGAACACAAUAUACAUAUUAAGCUUUAAGCAGCCCAGGGCUUUUUAUGAUGUAUCUUAAAGUAAUAUUUUUCCCAUAUUGGUUUAUUAUCUAAAUUAGUAACAAAAACACAUUUUAAAAACAUUUUUUUAACAUAAAUAAAAUUGCUGUUUUAGACUAAAGAAAUUAAUAAAUUAAUAUCCAUGGCAAUGGAAAAAUCUGUAAAGUUAUCUUUAUAAAAAAGAUCAUUGAUAGAAUUUAAUUAAUUUACAAAUAUCUACAUCAGUUAUUGUUUCUUUUCCCCCCGUGUAGAAAGACAAUGCCGCCUCACCUGCCCACUCUCCUAAUCCAACGCCACCAGCUAGUAAUACAAGCACCCCAAGAAAACAUACAGAAAAAAUUGUCAGGUGAGUUCUUGGAGAUAUUUUUAUUUAAUAUUUGUAUAUUGCUGUUUGUAUAAUUGAUUUAAAUAGGUCCCACUCAACAAAUCUCCUCAAGAACACAUUCUUUGUUUUUUUUGUUUUUUUUUCUGCUCUCAAUUUUAAAGGAAACAAUGGAGAAAAAAACACUUUCUUUUUCCAUUAAUUUUUUUAAUCUGGAGAAGGAAUGGACAGUUAGUUAUAUUUAUAUUCAAUAUAAAUGGGCAGAAGAUUAUUUUGUGUGCUGAUAGUGAAGUUGAAUUGGGUGCACUUGUAUCACUUAUUUAUGAUUUCCUCUGUUAUAAAAAUAAACUAAACAGUUGAGUGAAUAUUGCAUGAAUGACUGCUUGAUGGUCACAGGUUACAGCAUGAUGAAAACACAUCCACUGAAACUGACACAGAUGCCUCAGAGAAAGAUGCUUCCAAGUCCCCCUCCCCGCCACACCCCCUUCCCCCUCCUCCCCCGCCUCCCCCACCGCUCUUGGAGGUCCCACACCAGGACAGUGAGUCGGAUACAAGGCGGAGACACCAUUCUUCUGCCAGUGACACAGCUGCCGCAGCCAUCAGAAACAAGAGGGAAAAGUUUAUUAAAACCCUCCGACUGUCCUCAGAGCAAAUUGUAAGUUAUUAGUGUGGGUGGAGAGGGAUUUGGGGGGGGGAGGGGGCUUAUUGAUUAUUAGAAUAGUCAUGUUUUUUAAAGAAAAAGGGAGAAGGCCAUCUGAUUGCUUUUAGUGUAUUUAUUAGUUUCAUUAAAAUCUCAAAAAAGCUUUCUCCUUCUCUGUGGUACCAUUUACUACCAUGCUCUUCUGCUCUUCACCUAGACCAUCUCGUCAUUUCCUUACCACCUUGUCAUUUCCAUACAAUCUCAUUUCCUUACAACCUCAUCAUAUCCGUACAGCCUUGACAUUUCCUUACCAUCUCGUCAUUUCCUCAUAGUGCAAGCUGAACCUGAAGGAGGGCCACAAUGAAAUCUCCUUCUCUGUGACCACCCAGUACCAGGGAACUACACGCUGUGUCUCCCACGUCUACCUCUGGAAUUAUGAUGACAAGAUUGUCAUUUCUGACAUUGAUGGAACCAUUACCAAGUAAGGUUUUCAGUGUAUUUUGCAUGGAAUUUUUUUAAGUCACUUUUACCUGCGUAAAUGAACAAUAUUAUUUUCAAAUUUGAUGAGAGACAUUUUUGCCCAGAUAAUUAUAUUUUUUUUAUAAAGUGAAAGGCUUUUUAAAAUAACUCAAAUAGAAUUAAAUUAGCUCUUCACUCUAUAAAAAAUCUGAGAUUUAAAAAAUAUCUUUACCAGUAAUUCAAUUAAAAGGGAACGUGUAAUAGAUGAAACAUUGUUUAUAUAUGCUAUGAUUCUUUUUUAGGAAGGUUUUAUUUAUUUUUCAUAAUGAUUAGUUACAUUUUUUUGUUCUUACAUAUUUUUCAUAUUUCCUCCUAGAUCUGAUGCACUUGGCCAGAUUCUACCCAUAAUAGGCAGGGACUGGUCCCAGUCAGGUGUGGCCCAACUAUUUACGCGGAUAAACAACAAUGGCUAUAAGCUUAUCUACCUAUCAGCAAGGGCCAUAGGCCAAAGCCGCAGCACUAAAGAUAUGCUAAAGAGUAUUCGACAGGGGGAGUUAGUGCUUCCUGAUGGACCUUUGUUCCUUAACCCAACUUCUCUGUUCAGUGCAUUCCACAGGUGAAUUGAUUUUUACAAAAAAAUAUAAAGACUGUUUGCACACGUAAAAUAUUUAAAUUUAGAGAAUUUGGUAAUUUUAUUAUUUUGAGUAAUCUACACAUGGUAUGGAUGUUAAGUUACUAGUAUCGAUUAUUUUAAUUUUUUCACUUGCGAUCUACUUUUGGAGAAAGAAAUUAUGACACACAAAAAUUAAGUCCUUAGGUGUUAAAGUUAAAAAAACAAUAUUUCUUCUGUGCCCAGGGAGGUCAUCCUGAAGAAUCCUGAGGAGUUCAAGAUCAGUUGUCUCAAAGAUAUAGCAGAUCUCUUUCCCUUCUCACCAUUCUAUGCUGGGUUUGGAAAUAAACUGAAUGUGAGCUUUGCAGAGAUUCUGUUUGAAAUGUAUCCAACAUAAUUUUAGAUGAUGCAUAGAAUUCAAGUAAAAAAUAAACAGUCUGUAAGAAUUUAAUAGUGUUGAAAAAAAAAUAUUUUUAUAAAAAAUUAAAAUAAAGAUGGGCUUUGAGAAAUAAUGCAAAUUUUUGGUAAGGUAUUGGAUAUAUAUUAUAUACCUUUAUAAAAUUUUUUUUUUUAUGUUUCUGGUCUUGUAUUUCCAGGAUGUGAUAGCAUACAGAGCACUAGAUAUUCCAAGCUUCCGCAUAUUCACCAUCAAUCCCCAAGGACAGCUGAGACAUGACCUGUCACUCACAUUCUUGUCUUCGUAAGUAAAAAUAUAUCGGCUGUUUUAAAAAUAUGUUGUCCAUUCUACCCCAAUGUCUUAUCUUCCUGAGUAAUCAUUUAUUAGCUGUUAAAAAAAUAUUUUAUCCAUAAUUCUAACCCAUUUUUUUAUUACAUUUAUCUACAUUUUUUUAAAUUUUAAAUUUCCCCAAUGUAAAUAUACUCAGUUGUUGAAAAAUAGAUAUUGAAAAUAUAAACACCAAAUAAUCAGAAUGUUACAGGAGACUUGCUAUAUUUUUAUUAAGAAAUCAUUGCAUUCUGCUCAAUUGAAUGUUUAAGAUUUUUUUUUUUAAAUAAAAAAUUUGACACAAUUCUAAUUUUAAUUGUCAUCCACAGCUAUUCCGGAAUGUCAGAUAUUGUUGAUCACUUCUUCCCAUCACUGGACCAAAUUGACAGGGGCACAUCCGUUGAGUUUAAUCCCGUAAACUACUGGCGGUUCCCCAUCCCCACGGUCAGCCCAGAGGAGCUUGAGAAGCUGUCCAGUUGUAGUCAAGUCCCAGCAGAAGCUGAGAAGAAAUGACAUGGGGACCAUGGGCACCCAGAGGAAGGAGGGAGCAAAAUGAGCCCAGAAAAAAAACACAAGGUGAAAAACUCAAUGUUAAAAAAGACAAAUGUAAGACAUGAGCCACAGAAAACUGUACAAAUUCAAUGUGAUAAUGACAAGCCUCUAGGGAUUACACCUCACAAUGCCAAGAAAAAUGUAGAGGCCUCGUUUCAGAACUCUGUCGGCACAAAAGCUGACAGCAAUGUUGCUGGUGAUUCACUAAGGGAAAGGACCAUGCGAACCAAAGAAACUGUUCAUCAGAAAAUGGCAGUCAUUGCUGCAGGAAUGUCUGGUGGUGGCGGUCAGGUGACCAGAGACUCUGCAAAUUUGUCCAGGUUUGAUUCAGAAGAAAUUGCUGAUGAUAUAGCUGCAACCCCCUUAACACAAGGUGUCCUAGACCACAAGCUGGAAACAGCCAAGACCAUGAAGGACAACAGUGUUGAUGUGAAUGGAAAUUCCCAAAAUUAUGGUGGGGACCAAUGCAAUAGUGUUAAAGGUUUCAAGCCCCAAACUUACAAGUCUGAUAAUUCACAUUAUGCAUUACACCAGGGAAGUCAUUCUUCUUUUCAUUUUUAUAAAAAAAUUAACCAAAAAGAAACUCCUCUUGCAUCCUCAGAUUCUUCUUACUUGAAGAACUUUCUGAAGAAACCCCAAACCAAGUCUGCCGCACUCAACAAACGUGGCGAUUUUGUCGGAAUGAUGAAACCCCAACAAGACGGUCCAAACUCUUAUGGCCGUCUAGAGCACAUCAUCUCAUGCAGUCGUGAUCUGGUUCCUUCAAUCGCCCCCAAUGUGUACAGCAGCCAAGGACAGAUUUAUGCAAGUAUCCGCAGUGCAGUAGCUCAGGAAGGGAGGGAAAUGUGUGGCAGUAGCCAUUCUAAAACUCACCAGAGGAUUUCGUCACAUAGUUUCGGAUCCAUGUGCACACCGGGAAAAUGUUUCUGUUUUGGUGACCAGGUUUUCUCCUCAGUGUGGGAAAGAAGUUUCCCAUCGUCAGAUGAACUUUAUUACGACUGCUUUGAGCCUGGUGACUACCCUGAUAAAUCCAUGGUUCAUUCAUCAUCAGCUUCAUCCUCCUGUUUUUCACUGAAAGCAUCAGACCAAAAUAUGUCACGUUCGUCUUCAACAUCAUCAUUCAAAUCAAUCCCGGGUUCUCCGGACCCACCAGCAGCCUGCUCCCCUACUGCCUAUUUUUCCCCACGCGAAAUCACACCCAUUUUAUCAUCAGCGGCUUUGCAGACAUCUAACAAGUUCACGUUUUCAGCCUUGCCGUCAUCACCUUCUACACCUUGCACUACGACUUCAUCACUAUCUUCAACAAUCUCCCCACCUUUUGGCUCCAGCCGCAACCAUCAGCAAUCAUCUAUGCCAGUCAUGACUUUGUUUAAUCAUUCGGUUAACUUUUGGAUCAUGGAAAUAGAUUAACCAGAAGAUCAUAUUGUGAAAUUCAUGAGAAAAAGCUGUUUACCUGCUCAAAUAACUAUAAAAACAAAUGCAUCAAGCUUCAUUGUUCUUGAGGCAUUUUAAAAAUCCUCAUUUUAAGUCAACCAUGAUGUCAGUACUCGGCUACUUCCAUAAAGCAGUGCUACAAUGGAGGACUAUAAAAAAAUUAAAUCGCUUCAUUGUUAAGGUUAUACCCUGUUUUUAUGACCGCAUCUCUUCAACUUCAACAUAAAACUCUUUAUUUUUUAAAAUCCCGGUAAAUUGAUUGAUUUAUUGUCACAGUAAUGUUGUGCAGUAAUGCAUAUCUGUUUUAUUCAAUGUUUUUUUUUUUUAAAACAAAGAAUUCUCAAGUUUGCUUUAUCUUUGUAUAUAUAUUGUAAAUAGUAUCAUGAACCCAUAAAGACAUCUAACUCAUAAUUUUUUUUCCUAUUGUUACUUACUGAAUUACAUAUAUUUAAUGUCCAGGUUUUAUAUUAAAUGUGUAGAGAUAGAAUUUUUUUUUUUAAUACUCUUUUGCAAUCAUUGUUUUUAAAUAGGUUUGUUGACAGCUUCAGUUUUAUUUGGUAAGAUUAUUUUGAAAUACACAUAACGCUUGUUUUAGUUUUAGGUAAGUAGAAAUAUUUUGAUUUUACCCCAAUCCAUACUAAGUAUAUUUUUUCUACUUUGUUAAUCAAUAAACCACAUCAUGGAAUUAAACUAUCAUUCCUAUUUUCCGACUGCUAAAGAAUAAAUGGCUCAUGAUUCAGUAUCUUCCCCAUCUUAAAUUCAAAUUUGGUACGGACAAAAAUUAUUUCCAAAACAUAUGAAUUCAUUUACAGUAUUUUUGUCAGUGCUACGGCACCUCAUUUGAAACAUCUUACAAUUCUCAUCUUACAAUUUCUUCUGUAAAUCAUAUUUAAUUAAUGUAUGUGAAGUCAUUUCUCUCAGUGCUCUACUGUUUACACUUGUGUAAAACUUGCCGUCACCUUGUUGUAGCUUCGUUUCUGCAUACAAGUGCAUACAUUAUAAACCAAACAACAAGAGUAGCAUAUCUUUAAAACGGUUUUUAGUACCGAUCAAUGAGACAUUUUUAAUCAUGUGAUAUUUUUCUGCAUUUCAAAUAAAAAUAAAAACUGUACAUAGUACUCUCCGGUGUUUCAAUUUAUGAAGAGGACAAAGUUUUAGAUCAAACCUUGUUUCAAAAAUCGAUAAGUUUGGUUUACAUGCAAAACUGAGCUAUAAAAAAAAAAGUAGCUAAUUUUCGUUUUAUCUGUUGGCAAUGUGACAAGUCAUUAUUCUUUACAUUUAAUUUCAUUGUAAACACACCCAUUAACCGAUACAAAUUUUGUUUUAAUUUUGAUGUGCCUUUUGGUAUUUCCUGCAUCAUUUGAUGAUUUGAAGAAGAAACAAAUUUAGAUACCUAAUGUUUUUAUUUAAUUUUGUUUAUUUUUAAUGUCUAGUAUUAAUCUUAUGAUUUUUUGUUUUUCAUUUUAUUUGAGAUAUUUUCAAUGUUGUGUGGUAACAAAACUCUCCAAAGAUGAUUUUAAAUGCAAAGCCUAUCUUAUUUUUUUUCUAUGACAGUUGAAAUUUAAAACAAUGUUUGAUAUCAUUUCAUGUUAGAAUCUAGUGUACAUAUACUCGGGUCAGUUUUUUUUAAAAACAAAAGGUAAAUUAUGUACAAAGUGUUGAGCAGUAGGGUAUCUUCAAAAAGAAAAAGAAGAAAAUUUGUGUCUUUACAUUAUGAAGUGUUUUCACUUCAAUGAAGUUUUUUGGGGCGUCAUUUUAACAAAUGGACAAGCCUGGCCUCAAAAUUGAUACGUUAGUUUUAUUUUAGCCAUGUCGAAUAGUUUUUUAAGGAAUAUACUUUACACCUAUGGGUAAAAAACCUUUUAAAAUAGGUAAUGUUUGUGUAUUUACGUGUAGCUGUUAAUGAUUCAUAAGUCACUGAUUUUAUUUCAUUCAAUAUUUCAUUUCUGUUAGUUCUGGUACUUAAGCUAUGCUUACCAAAGUUGUUUAUAAAUAUGCAUAUUUUCCCCUAUUCAAUCCAUCGCACUGAUUUUUUUAAAAUGGCAUAUUCAAUUUUUAAUGUAGAUCCUUCCACUCCUGUAAUUUUAGUUAUCAGUUCAUUGCCUUUUCAUUAUCUACCAAAUUUCCUUGGUAUCAUCCAUUCCAAAACAAAUUUUGCACUGUUGGUACAAUUCAUUUUGAUCACCUCUGAAUUUAAUGGGAGCCGUAUCCAUUCAUUUCCUCAGAAACACAAUAGCAAUACCCCAUAACUGUUUCACUUUGGCAACUAAAUUUAAAUAAUGUUAUGAGAUGGAAGAUGUAAUUUUGUACCUCUCAGUGAUUUCAGCUAGGUGUUUCCUUGUGUUAGUGUUGUUUCAGGUCUGAGCAGCGUCAGUUGACAGGAGGCUGAUGUGCUUUUUAAAAAAACUGUGAUACACAUAAUUCUAAUGUAACCUGCCAUAAUGCGUACUUAUUUCUUGGGACCAGAAAUGUUAUACAUCUUCUAUUAAAUGUUUUUUUAAAAAAAGAUGUUAUAGUUUACUCCUACUAACAGCCUAACUCUAUGAUAGUUUGUUUUUUCCCCUCACUCAUAACUGUACAUAAUUGUGAAUGUCAUCAGACUGAAAGUAUAGUUUGUCUAGACUUUGCUCUAGGCUUACAAAUAACACAUAGGUGAUAUGUUGAGAUAUGAAUUGUUACUGACAGCAUUCAAACAAGAAAGAAAGUUAUUUGAAUUGGCUCACAUUUCCUCUGAAGUCAGUAUUUUUGUUUUUGCAGAGAGCUGUGAAUUAUGUGGCCAAUUGAACUGUUUGAAAAAAGCCUAUAUAAACUUUCAAUCGUUUGAAAAGGAAGAAAUUGUUUACCUGGUAUUUUAAACAAUGUCUUUUAUGGUAUUGUGUUUUUAUUCCUGUCAGCUUUACUAGUCAGAACCUGCAUUGUUUUUAAGUCAAGUUUGAUUAAGUCUAAGCUUCUCUAUGACAACCCAACCUUGAUAUGUUAAGAAAUAUUGUUAUAUUUUACCAUAGUUCAGUUGAGAAUCUUUUAUCAAUCAACUCCACAUUCUGUUUAAUAUGCAAGCUGCUUUUUCUAAACUUUAUGAAUUCUAGCAAUGCAUGUAUUUUAAGCCCAAUAAUUUAUCAGUUUAGAACCAAAAUGUCCAAGAAUUUAUUUUGCAUAGACCAGUCCAGUCGAUUUCAUAUAAACCAGUGAAUUCAAGACCUGGGACAUAUCAGCCUGCUGGACCAGCUUAAAACUAAUGUACCCCGGUAUUCUAAGAGAUCUUGGCGUUUUUUAAAGUAUGAUGGAUAUUUCUAAAACAACCUCUAAGAGAAACUCAGAUAUUUAGUUUUUCAACAUGCAGACAUUCCUCUUACACCUUGGACAGUUUCUAAAUUAAGUUAGUGAUAACACUUUCUUAAACCACCCAUUUCAAAAUUCAUCUAAUUGUAUAAAUUAUAAACCUAUCUUUAAUCUUUCUUUCAACGAACAGUUAUUGUUAUCUCGUCUAAGCAUUUUAUUUGAAAAUAUUGCAGAUCAAAUAUAAAAAAAAAACACUUGGUGGUCAUCAUGAAAUUAUAAUUUAAAAAAAUAAUAAAAUUGCCCAUGUCAUGUAAUAACUUUGAGCAGUCAGUGUGAAACAUACAAAUAUCCAACCUUGCUUACUGUGUGAUGUUAUGAUAUCAGGUAUUUACUUGCCAUUAAUCAUUUGAUUCCAAAACUAUUGUAUAUCCAUAUAACUAUUUGAACUAGUCAGUAGUUGAUUGUAGUGCAAUGAUUUAGGUUAUGGGUAGUGUCAUACAUUAGAAAGCAUCAUCAUCCUUCAGCUUCAUUAGCCUUUUGGGCAUGUGCCCUUCCCGCUAAUACAUUAAAAAAAAAAAAAGAGUACUUUUUAAAAUUAUUUGUAAAAAAAAAAAAUUAAUUUUAUUUAUUUAUUCAUUCAAUGCCACAUAAUUAUAUUUUCAUAGGACAUUUUGCCUUUUUUUUUUUUCAUUUCAGUGUUAAAUAUAUCAUUAGGAUCAAAUACAUAAUUACAAUUUAAAUGCAUUAGGACUUGUAUUUUCUAUUUAGUUAGCAACAGUCUGUAUAAUAAAAUGUUAUGUUAUUUUAACCCAACCUAUUUUUUGAAAAUGUUUUUCUCAUUUUAAAAGUUUAUUUUGAAUGUAUUUGUUUUCCCAUUAAAAAAAAUGGCGAGUAAUAUAAAUAUGGUUUUGUAACCAAGACCCAAACCUGUACAUAAGAUUAUAUUAUAUAUAUAUUGUGCAUAUUAUCCAUAUGUAUUUGGUUUGAAAGGUUAAUCGGCUCACCUGUUUCAAAAAGAUGUAAUCACAAAUCAUCAAUCUCUGUCUCAAAUAAGUUGUGUGGACAGUGUGCUGAAUAAUGUGUAUGAUGACUCACUGUAUUUUUUUAAGUACUGCAAUAAUAAAUGAUUCUAUUGAAUACUGUAAAUGUGAUCAUGGCUUGAAAAUAAAGUCAUAAUGAAU